AUGGCACCGGAGUCAAAGGACGAACGCGACAAACGAGUUGCUAAACUCUGGGAAACACUGGAUACUCGACGCGAAGGACAUAUCGACCUGCAUGGCCUAAAGAAAGGUCUCAAAAAAAUCGACCAUCCACUCAAAAAUGCGGAUGAGAUGGUAGUCAGCGUUGUCAAACAAGUCGAUACAAAUGGUGAUGGGCGUAUCGAUCAAACCGAAUUCCGCACAUUUCUCGACCACACCGAGGACGGCCUGUGGAAAAUGUUCCAAAGCAUUGAUCGCAACCACAACGGAGAAAUCGACAAGGCGGAAUUGCGGAAUGCGUUUGCAAGUUCCGGGGUAACAGUCUCUGGCGCCAAGCUCGACCGGUUUUUCGCCGAGGUGGAUAAAAACAACGACGGGGUCAUCUCCUACGCAGAGUGGAGGUAUGACUAUCUGGACACAUGGGAAGGUUGUCAAGACGGGACUGACUUGUUUUUGUUGCUUUCUAGAGAUUUCCUCCUCUUCCUACCCCUCCAUUCUCCGACCGACCUCCACGCAGUCCUCUCAUACUAUACGGCCACGGGUAAUCUAAACCCGGAAGGAGAUGUCCACAUCAAUGACCUGCAGGGUUUAGGUACAGACCAUCCGUUUCUUAAACCUCUUUUGGCCAUCCAGCACCUCAUGUACAACAUCUUAUCACUCCCCGCCUUGGCCUUUCUCCUUCCUUCAGCCCACGCGGAAGCCAUCCUCAUCUCAAAAUCGGGUCCCGUCCUCGAGAAUAAUCAUGUCUCGUUAGACGGCGACUUCGAAAUGGAGUGGUUGACUGUUCCCCAGACUACCGCCAUGCGGAUGUUUUUCCGAUAUUAUGGACGGAAGUUGACCGAAAAUACCCCUCAAUUAGGCUACUUUUUCGCCGGUGGAAUCGCGGGCGCUGUGUCGAGAACAGCUACCGCACCGCUUGAUCGUCUCAAAGUCUAUCUCAUUGCCCAAACCGGGGUGAAAGAAUCAACCGUUCGUGCGGCGAAGGAGGGAGCCCCACUGGCUGCAGCAGGCAAUGCUUCCAAAACACUUUUCGAUGCGCUUAAGGAAUUAUGGCGAGCUGGUGGAAUACGGAGUCUGUUUGCAGGCAACGGAUUGAACGUGGUGAAGGUCAUGCCAGAAUCAGCUAUUAAAUUUGGCGCCUACGAGUCCGCAAAACGAAUGUUUGCCCGACUCGAAGGACACAAUGACCCCAAACGACUCCUGCCUACCUCCCAAUUUAUGUCCGGUGGCUUUGGUGGAAUGGUUGCACAAUGCUUUGUAUAUCCGCUCGACACCCUCAAGUUUCGCAUGCAAUGUGAGACCGUGAAAGAUGGCCCGAAGGGAAAUCAACUGAUCGCAGCAACUGCGAAGAAAGUAUGGAACAAAAAUGGUCUUUUCGGCUUUUUCCGAGGUCUUCCUCUUGGUCUUGUCGGCAUGUUCCCGUAUGCCGCAAUUGAUCUGUCAACAUUCGAAUACCUUAAACGCACCCUCAUUGCCAAAAAGGCCCGCGAACAAGGCUGUCAUGAAGAUGACGUUCCCCUUGGGAACUUUGCAACAGGCGCAAUUGGCGCUACAAGUGGAGGGUUCAGCGCCUCCAUCGUCUACCCCCUCAACGUUCUCCGCACUCGACUCCAAACUCAGGGUACCUUCAUGCACCCCCCUACAUAUACCGGCAUUGGCGAAGUUCUCAGCACUACUUUGAAAGCCGAGGGGCCACGGGGUCUCUACAAAGGCCUCACACCCAAUUUGCUGAAGGUGGCACCCGCCAUGUCAAUCAGUUACGUUGUCUACGAAAACGCGAAGCGUACUCUUGGUCUCCGCUGA